UGUGUGUGUGUGUGUGUGAAGGGGAGCGCGUCUACGUGCUGGGACUCAUGUCCUCCGGUUCGGUCCAUGUUCUCCAUCCCACCCAUCCACGGAGGGCGUUUCAUUCCCAGGUUAACCCACCGAUGAACUCAGCCAUCCAGACCGUUAUGAACGCAUCACAAGGAGUUCAUUCAUAAGGGAGGAGGAGAGGAAGAGUUUUGUCGGAGUUCGGCUGUCCGGUCCGGUCCGGUCCCGGGGUUCUGCAACACAUUUCGCUAAAGUUCGGCUAAAAUGGAGUGCUUGUUGUUGUUCCUGGUUUGUUUCUCUGCUUUUCUCCCGCUGACCACCUGCGAGGAUCAGCGAAUCCCGACGGAGAAACUUCUGGUGGUCACCGUAGCAACCAAAGAGACUGGAGGCUUCAGUCGGUUUUUGAGGUCGGCUAAAUAUUUCAACUACACGGUGAAGGUCCUGGGCCGAGGCGAGACAUGGACGGGGGGCGACUACAUGUCCGCCCCAGGGGGAGGGCAGAAAGUUCGGCUCCUGAAAGCGGCUCUGGAGAAGAUGACGUCUGAGGAUCAGAUCGUCCUGUUUGUCGACAGCUUCGAUGUGGUGUUCGCCUCCAGCCCUAAAGAGCUGCUCAGGAAGUUUCAGCAGGCCAAGCACAAAGUGGUUUUCUCCUCCGAGAGCCUGAUCUGGCCCGACAGACACCUGGAGGACAAACACCCCCACGUCCGGGAGGGGAACAGGUUCCUGGGCUCAGGAGGUUUUAUCGGCUACCUUCCCAACGUCAAACAGAUGAUUUCUAACUGGACGGGAGGAGACGAUGACAGUGAUCAGCUCUUCUUCACAAAGAUUUACAUCGAUCCAGCUAAAAGGAAAGCCUUAAACAUCACCCUGGACAGUAAAUGCAGGCUGUUCCAGAACCUCCACGGAGCCCUCGACGAGGUGGUUCUGAAGUUUGAAAACGGUCGGGUUCGGGCCAGAAACGUUCAGUACGAUACCCUUCCCGUGAUCAUCCACGGAAACGGACCAACGAAGCUCCAGAUUAACUACCUGGGUAACUACAUCCCCAACACCUGGAGCUUUGAGGACGGCUGCACCGUGUGCCACCAGAACCUGCGUUCCCUCUCAGCUCUGAAGGAAAGUGAAUUCCCGCUGGUGGUGAUCGGCAUCUUCAUCCAGCAGCCCACGCCGUUCGUCUCUGUGUUCUUUGAACGUCUCCUGAAGCUCCAGUAUCCCAAAAACAGGCUCAGACUCUUCAUUUACAACCAGGAGCCUCAUCACGAAGGUCAGGUCAGCUCGUUCCUGCAGGAUCACGGAAGUCUUUAUCAGGAUUUUAAAUCCGUCGGUCCCGAAGAGGAGAUGGACGCUCCCGCCUCCCGCGACCUGGCCUUCGACUUGUGCCGGAAGGACGAAGACUGCGACUACUUCUUCAACCUGGACAUCGACGUGGUCUUACAGAACGAGAACACACUGAAGAUCCUGAUUGAGCAGAACCUGCCCAUCAUCGCGCCGAUGAUCACUCGAUCGGGUCGACUGUGGAGUAACUUCUGGGGCGCGCUCAGUGCAGACGGCUACUAUGCCAGGUCUGAGGACUACGUGGACAUCGUCCAGGGACGGAGAGUGGGCGUGUGGAACGUCCCGUAUGUGUCCAGCGUGUACCUGGUGGAGGCCGGCGUUCUGCGAUCCGACCUGAAACAGAACCAGCUUUUCACCUCCAGCAGCUUGGACCCUGACAUGGCUUUCUGCCACAACGUCCGCAGCCAGGGAAUCUUCAUGUUUGUCACCAACAUGGACACGUUUGGUCGCAUCCUGUCUACAGAAAACUACCGGACAGAACAUCUGCACAAUGACCUGUGGCAGAUCUUUGAAAACCAGCAGGACUGGCAGGAUCGCUACAUCCAUGAGAACUACACCCGGAUGAUGACGGACAAACUGGUGGAAAAUCCUUGUCCAGAUGUUUACUGGUUCCCUAUUUUCACUGAUGUUGCUUGUAACCAUAUGGUUGAGGAAAUGGAGCACUUUGGGAAGUGGUCUGGAGGCGGCAACGUGGACACCAGAAUCCAGGGAGGCUACGAGAACGUUCCCACCAUCGACAUCCAUAUGAAUCAGAUCAACUUUGAGAAGGAAUGGCACAAAUUCCUGCUGGAAUACAUUGCUCCUGUUACAGAGAAGAUGUUUCCUGGUUACUACACGAAGGCUCACUUCGAGCUGGCCUUUGUGGUCCGGUAUAAACCAGACGAGCAGCCGUUCCUGCGGCCGCACCACGACGCCUCCACCUUCACCAUAAACAUCGCUCUCAAUCAGGUCGGCAUCGAUUACAAGGGCGGCGGAUGCCGGUUCCUCCGGUACGACUGCUCCAUCCAGGCUCCCCGGAAAGGCUGGGCGCUCAUGCACCCGGGCCGGCUGACCCAUUACCACGAAGGCCUGCCGACCACCGCCGGAACACGCUACAUCGCCGUGUCCUUCGUGGAUCCCUGAACUCACCACGUUAGUCCAGACCAAACGAGACGCGAGCCGUCCUGGCCGCGCUCGGAUCCACAGCGGAGAACAUCUCUGGUUACAUCGGCUGAAUUUAGGAAUCUUGGGAACUUUAGAGAAACUUUGGAAUCUCAGUGAAAAACUGGACUUGUCCGACAGUCGUGGCUGAACCAGGAAUGACAAAUACUGGAGUUGGGAAUGACAUCCCGUCUGAUCCGAUGGCAUUCCCAGUAACAGAUAACAACUUUGUUUUUCCCGCCUCUUUGAGUUCCCACCUGACACAAAAAACAAACAUCUGCCAGAUUUUCUUUUUUCUGUCCUUCUACAGCCCGAGUGUCGGAAUGUUGGUCCCACAGGGAAGUUGGGAAGUGUUUGCUCUUUUCUCCCAAAACACAGAAAACUCACGUAGGAAAAUACUAAAACCAAAUUCCAUCCUUCUCCCGUUGGAAUCCGGGUAUUAGCCUGUGAUGAGGUCGGACCCAAUCAGAGCUCAGGAACGAUGUCAUUCCCAGAAUGUUCUCCAACGUCUGAUUUUAAAGAGUAAUCUGUGAAGUGUGCACCGAGCUACACGUCUGUUCAACAGGAAGUCUCGUUCCCGGCAGCCUUACCGGGAGGAUUAGUCUGGAGCGGGAAUCCCAGGAGAUCGUUUUUAAGCGUGACUGAAAAAUAAAAUGUGUAGAUUUCACUUUCAGCGACUAAAAGAUGCCUUUUGUGUGGAAGACGGGCAGAAGUGAGACGCUCCGAAGCAGUUUAUUUAUUUUUGUAUGUUUGGUGAAAUCCAGACUGUCUGGGAUCUGAUUUGAACUUAAAUAAAUCGGAGAACUCUUCUGGGUUAGAUUUCCAAA